UGUGGAUCCUGAAUAUGCGAAACUGAAGCUCAGCGAUUUGUCUAUGAUCUCCACUCUUGGCGUCGGUGGGUUUGGAAGAGUAGAACUGGUACAGAUCAACAACGACGACAGCCGAGCCUAUGCUCUAAAGAUCCUCAAGAAGCAUCACAUUGUAGAGACCCGGCAGCAGGAACACAUCAUGAACGAGAAGAAAAUCAUGAUAGAGGCUCGCUCGGAUUUUAUCGUCAGGUUAUACAAGACAUUCAAGGACAGGAAGUUUCUGUACAUGCUCUUGGAGUCUUGUCUAGGAGGUGAGCUCUGGACUGUACUCAGAGACAAGGGAUCCUUUGAUGACAACACCACCCGCUUCUAUACGGCUUGUGUGGUGGAAGCCUUUGUCUACCUUCACAGUCGCGGGAUAGUCUAUCGGGAUCUCAAACCAGAGAACCUGUUACUGGAUACUGCAGGAUACAUCAAACUGGUUGAUUUCGGCUUCGCUAAACGAAUAGGACAUGGGAGGAAAACAUGGACUUUCUGUGGGACACCUGAGUAUGUGGCUCCAGAAAUAAUCCUUAACAAAGGACACGAUGUCUCCGCAGACUACUGGUCUCUGGGCAUUCUCAUGUUUGAACUGCUAACUGGAAGCCCACCUUUUGCUGGUCCUGACCCUAUGAAAACGUACAACUUGAUCCUCAAGGGCAUCGAUGCAGUGGACAUUCCAAGAAAACUUACCAAAAAUGCUGUUAAUCUUGUAAAGAAGUUAUGUCGGGAUAACCCUACAGAAAGGCUGGGCUAUGGCAGAGGUGGCAUUAGAGAAAUACAGAAACACAUAUGGUUUGACAGUUUCAACUGGGAUGGUCUCAGAAACCGUACUUUAAAACCUCCAAUUGUUCCA